ACAACUCCUUAUUUCCCGUUUUUUAAAACCCUAUUCCUUAUUCCCAAAAUUAGGGUAAGGAAGACACAUUCCCAUCACGCCGUAUUUUCAUCUUGAGGACAGAGGAGCGAGGAGACGGCAGGCGGCUGCCAAUCUGCUCUCAGCCCUUCCGGCCCUUGGCAUCUAAACUAGCGCCGGACUGUUCCCCUUCAUCAGAUCGAGCACUUUUCUCGGACUCCACUUUCAGGGAGGCAUGCUGCAGCUGGUGUGGUGAGGGUGUUUUUUGUUGCAGGUUGUGGUGGGUACUUAAUUGUGAGAAUUUAAAUUAUGUCAGACAUCCGAAGCCGAAGCCCAGUGGAUCGUAGGAUGCGUACUCAACGGUAUUCCUACCGUGGUGCACCAUAUAGGCGGGAGCCGAAUCGGGGUUACAGGUUCUUUGGUUUAAUCAUUAAUAUGCUGCUUAACAAUUACUCCGUAUUUGUUUUGUUUCAUAUGUAUCCUAUAAGCACAUAUUGGUUGGAGGAAAAAGUUGAAGUUGUUGGUGCACUAUCAAUGUAAAUUAAAGUUUAUAAUUAAGUUCCUCUAGGGUUAUUACUUUCACUAAGUUAGCAUGAUACCAUUACUUUUUGAAUUUUUGACAUUCUUUUGGGGUUUGUGCAUUAUACAUUUGCCUCAAACUCUUCUUCUGGUAAAAUAUGUGUGUGUAUAUAAUGUGAAAUUGCCGAAGAAACGGUAUGCCAUCAUUUCCAUUGCAUGUUUUUUUCUGCUCUUGUUAAAUUUUAUAAUAACAUUUACUGUUUCUCCUUUACAGCCAGGAUAAUCUGUGCAACAAUUGCAAAAAGCCAGGUCAUUUUGCUAGAGAUUGCACUAAUGUGGCAAUAUGCCAUACCUGUGGCCUCCCAGGGCACAAGUCAUCAGAGUGCACAACACAGUCACUCUGUUGGAACUGCAGAGAACCUGGACACAUGGCUGGUAGCUGUCCAAACGAAGGAAUCUGUCACACGUGUGGGAAAGCUGGGCACCGUGCAAAAGACUGCACGGCCCCUCCAGUGCAACCAGGUGACCUGAGGCUGUGCCACAACUGCUACAAGCAAGGCCAUGUUGCCGCGGAGUGCACAAACGACAAGGCCUGCAACAACUGCAGGAAAACUGGCCACCUGGCACGCGAAUGCCACAACGACCCGGUGUGCAAUCUGUGUAACAUAUCUGGGCAUGUUGCAAGGGAUUGUCCAAAGGGAGGCGACAUUGAUGAGCGAGGUUAUGGACUGCCUCGUGUUGGGUUUCGGGACGUUGUGUGCCGGAACUGCGAUCAGGUGGGCCAUAUGAGCCGGGAUUGCAUGACCAUGAUCAUCUGUCAGAACUGUGGAGGUAGAGGACACUCUGCUUUGAUUUGCCCAUCUGGUAGAUUUCUGGACCGUUUCCCCCGGAGGUACUAAUUCUUCAAAACUCUCAGUGUCUGGGCUCCACAACGGUUUUGGUUGUUGAAUUUCCUUCACAAUCCAAUUGAUAUGACUAGUAGUCCUGUACUUUUUUUUAAUAUAUAACGGAGGGAGUUGGUAUAAUAUAUUUAUGCAUGCUUUAUCUCAUUUAGAACAUUGAACUGAGUUGUUGAUUUCAUUGACUGGUGAAAAUAUGUCGCUCAUUGUCAUAUUCUAUAAUUGAAUGUCUGCUUGUUUUUUUGGCCUAGAAGGAUUUUUCGCUGCGAGCGAACAUAACUUGGAAUAGAUAUGUUGUUCGGUG